UUUACAGGGGUAUAGAAAAACAGCAUAUGGUUGACCCAACAGAAUACCAAGUUCCAGAACUAGACCAAGAGAAGGCAAUGGAUCAGUACCCACCAGAGACAGACAAGCAGCCCCUUAUAGGAGCAGAGCCACCAAGGCCAAUGCUAGCUCCUGAAGUGCACCCCCAGCCAAGAUCACUGGCUCCGCCUGGCCCCCAGCAGUACCCCCCACAGUAUGUACAAGGCCCAUUUGGCAAUAUCAAUGCAAGGCAAACUAACACUGCUGUGGUGGUUACACAACCGCCAAGUGUUAUCUACCAACAAGAUGUUCCAGCUUGGGUCGGGUCAGAUUUGAUUAUUUACCUAUCGAUAUUCACCGUUCUUUGUUGCGGAUUCCUGCCUGGAAUUGUGGCCUUGAUGUUCGCUUGGGAGGCUCGCAGCAAGAAGGAGAUUGGACGAAUUGAGGAGGCUAAAUCCUGGUCCCUGGCCGCCAUUUUCUGCAAUGCGAUCGCUGUUCUACUGGGUGUGGCUGCCAUUGUAUUUGCCUUUUUAUACUACAGCAUCAAAAUCAAUGGAACUUGGCUAUCAGCUUGAACUGAAUGUUGAACCAUACUAACUAGUGGCUAUUAUAGCAUUCCAUAAAACAAUAUACUUUCUGUGAAAUAAUAACAUCAUUAUGCUAAUAUAUUGUAAGCUAUUCUCAAGAUGUUGUAUAGUUCG